AUGGAUCUAACAGGAAGUUUCUUCAGUAAACUGUGAGCCUUAGUGACCACUUUGGAGAGACCGGCUGAGCAGCUGAAGCAAGCUUUUCGUGGAGAUGAAACUGAAUUUGAAGAUGACUCCCCAAUGACAUAUUUACAUGAACUGUACUCUGAAAUCAGGACACUGAAGGGUGAAGCUGAUAGUGUUCUUAUUAAGAAAUCUGAAAAACGAGAUGCUACAUAUGACUUCAUAAAGGCCAGCAAAGUUCUGAUGAACAGAAAUGCAGCAGACCUUGGAAAAAUAAGAGACAUUUUUGAGAAAUACGGAUACAAGCCCGUUAUUAGGAAAGCAGCAAAAAAAGAUGAAGCUGAAACUGAUCCUGAACCUGCCAAGUCUGAUCAAGAGGAACUGAAAAACCUUGCUUGCCCUAAAAAUUCUUCAAGCCCUGAUCCUCUGGUGCGAAUUCCACGACUUUCAGAUUUUGGGCUUUCAAAAUAUGCUCUCCCCAGUACUUGGAACACUGUGAAUAUAUUACAUCAAGCCCAUGAACAGAAGGAACAGCCAAGAGAGGAUUAUUCUGGAUACCCAUCACCCAAGAUAGAACAGUUCUGUAUUAAAGGGCCCCUUUGUGUGGACAAUGACACUGUAUAUUUGACAGAAGACCAAACAAACUUCUUGCUCAACAAUGCAAAAAAAAGUAGGCAAGCUAAUAAGAUGAACAGGCCAUCAGUGGUAUUGGCAUCAAAAGAAAACCUAGCUACACCAGGGCAAAAGAGUAAAGUGUGUGAUUAUGAUUAUAUGGCUUCACCUGCAGCGGCCACUUUCUGUACACCUGGAUUGAAAGUUCCCUCUAGAAAAAAUACCACUUUACCAAAAUCCCCAGAGAGUAACCUGUCAGAUGCGUCUAAUAAUACAUAUGAAGUUACCCAUCCAGAUCCUCAUUCUCUGGAAAAAGAGCCUGAACCACUGUAUGUAAUCCAGAUGGUACCAAAUAAAGGGUACGUGGAAGAAGCUGUUGCGCCUGUCCUGCCCUCAAACACGUAUCUGGACUGUCUUAAAACACCUGCUCCUCCUGCCAUAUCGGACUACAGAAACAUACUCACCACUCCUCUGCCAGCUCCUGAAAUAACUGUCAUUCAAACACAAAUUCUGCAGAUUUUAUCGAAGUACAGCUCAAACACAGAACCACCCAGAGUCACAGAGAAGGUGAAAAAUGAAGGAAUGGCCACACAAUUUGAAAGAAGGCCUGCUCUUCCUCUUGAUAUUAGUAACAAAGAAAACAGUGAGUAUUGUGGAUGA